AUGUCUGCACCUUACUGGGAACCUGGAACUGCAUACAAGCCCGGCGAUGUCGUCCAAUACGAAGGCCAUCGCUACAAGAUUGUUAUUCCUCACACCUCUCAGAGCGAUUGGGCUCCUACCGUGACUCCAAACCUCUGGGGGCGCCUUUCCGAUGAGGAUCAAGGUCAAUGGGGUGGAUAUCAGGAAAAACACCAACAGCCUGCAGCUUAUCAGCCGGCUCCAGAAUUCCAUCCUCCUGCUCCAGAGGGUCAGAAAGUUGACAUUCAGCCCGAAGAACGCCAGAAACACUGGUACGAUCUCGAUGAUCACAGGAAGAAGGAACUCGAGAUCGGAGGCGGAUUGCUCGGAGCCAUCGGGGCUGCUGCUGCAGGCUACUACGUAUACAAGCACCAUGAGAAGAGCGAAGAAGAUAAAAAGGCUGAUUCGUGGGCUCUUCAAAAUUGGCUACAUGAUGCUGAAGCGCGACUCAACGAAUAUAAGAAAUAUGGACCUCGCUCCCCAGCACAAUGGGUACUCAACAGAGGCAAAAAUAUCCCUCCUAACGCGAUUGUUGUAGGACCGGAACAUGAUUGGAUGCUCUGGAUCUGCAGAGCUUAUGUUGAUAUACAUUCUCAAAUGGUAGAGGUUGGCAAGGCAUCCAAUGUGUUUGAAAAAGGCGCUGUCGUAGGCUAUGAUAACAAGGAAAUACAGCUCGACACGUAUGAAAUCCUAGUCGGGGACAUGCACGGCUUGCAAUGGGUCCCUGCCAGCGGUCGUCUCAACGUCGAGAACCUCGGCCUUCGUCCAGUCGAAGGCGGUCGAGACAAAGACGGGACACCCUUGUAUAUCGCCCAAGGGCCUCACAAAGAUGCUGUCCAUCCUGGAAUUGCAAGCUCCAAACUCGACGGCGCCUACAUCCCCUAUGGCGGUAAGCAGGUGCAUAUUAACGAGUACCGUGUCCUGUGCUACAAUUACUGAAAAACAAGAGUCACUUGGACAAUGUAAACACCCUUUGUACAUCUAUGUAGAUCGAGAGAAAUAUUUUGUUUUCUGAACUUUGUCCAACUGCAUGUAGCGCAAGUCAAUGGCGUUUUUUCGAUGGUUUGUAACUACAGAGAUUAUAACCCAUAAACUUCCCAAGGAUUUGGCAUGGUGUUAUACUCACACAUAUACAUACUUCCGUCAGCGAUCACAUAUGUCGCGAGUACUGAGCGA